AUGGUUCCGGCCCCAACUCCUCAACCAGAACCUGAUAUGAAUGACCUUCCUGACAAUCCUAUGCCUAAACAUCAGGCUAAGUUUGCCCUCAACACCAUCAAGAAUGUGAAGCGUUUAAAAGAUGCAGGUCCAUUUUUGAAACCGGUUGAUAUUAUCAAGUUGAAUAUUCCUUUCUACUACAAUUUUGUUCCAAAACCAAUGGAUUUAUCAACUAUUGAGAAAAAGCUUACUGUCAGUGCCUACGAGGUACCUGAACAAUUUAUUGAUGACUUCAACUUGAUGGUGAGCAACUGCAUAAAGUUCAAUGGAGAAAAUUCCCCAAUCGCUAAGAUGGGUAAAAAUAUCCAAGCUUAUUUCGAAAAGCACAUGUUGAACUUCCCACCAAAAGAAGCGAACGAAAGUGAAUUAAGUACGGCUUCGAAAAGAAGGAUUGAGCUGCAACUGCUGGUUCCCUCAAUUGCCAGUAACAGACCAAAGAGAAACAUACACCCACCAAAACCAAAAGAGUUGCCAUACGAUAAUAGACCAAGAAAGAAGAAGUUUGCUGCUGAUUUAAGAUUUUGUAAUCAAAUACUCAAAGAUCUCAUCAGUAAGAAGCAUUUCAGCUAUAACUUCCCAUUUUUGCAACCGGUGGAUGCCGUUGCUUUGAAUAUUCCAAAUUAUUCUGACAUAAUUAAGCAGCCAAUGGAUUUGUCCACGAUUCAAUCAAAGUUGGCUAAUAAUCAAUAUGAGAAUGGUGAUGAAUUUGAACUGGACGUGACCUUGAUGUUUGAGAAUUGUUACAAAUUCAAUCCUGAAGGUACGGAUGUGAGUAUGAUGGGCCACAAGUUACAGGAUAUCUUCCAGAAGAAAUGGAUUAACAGGCCAAUUCCAAAGGAUACUCCUCAGAAUUCUGAUAAUGAAGAUUAUUCUGACGAUGAAUUUCUGGAUGACAACAGUGAUGUGGAUGAAAGUGUUUUAUCCAAUAUCCCCGCUAUCAAAUUUUUGGAAGAUCAAUUGAUUAGAAUGACCCAGGAGUUAGAUAAGUUGAAGAAAGAUCACUUGUUGAAAAUCAAGCAACAGCGUGAACAAAGACGCAAAUCCCGUGCAAGUGGUAAGAACCGUAAAAGAAGUGGCUCUAUGGCCCACAGCACAGGUGGAAAAUCCAAGAAGAUUAAAUUGAUACCUCAAAUUCAAGUCACAUAUGAGAUGAAGAAACAAGUUAGUGAACAAGUUCCAAACUUGCCAGAUAAGAAGCUUCAAGAAUUUAUAAAGAUUAUAAAGGAUGAUGUCGACUUGAAUGAUGAGGAAGAGGUUGAAUUGGAUAUGGAUCAAUUGGAAGACAAAACUAUCUUGAAGUUGUACAACUUCUUGUUUGACAAGAAGCCAGCUAAGGCCAAAAAGAUGGAGUUGACCACAAACUACGAUAAGCUCACGAAGUUGAAGAACCAAUUAAGUUUGUUCGAUGAAGGUAUGAGGGCUGAAAGUAGUGAUGAUGAUGAUAUGAGUAGCGAGAGUUCAGAAGAGGAAUGA